UUGAAGGGGGAAGUGUGUGGUGUAACCGAAGAGAGAAAGGGAGAAAAAACGUGGACUUACAGGCAAUGAACAUCAGUCUUCAACCAGGAAGAAAGGGAGAGGACAGAGGGAGGGGGAAAAGUUUUAUUUAGGGGACUCGGGCUCAACUUUGCUAUUAGGACAACAAUUAGUUAAAGUUGAGCUUAAAUUCUUAGUUUGUUAUUCAAUAAGGAACCUUUAUUUCGAGCCCCUGUGAGAGGACACACAACUGAAAGCAGCAGCGAUGGCGCCCACUCUCGUCCAGGCCUACAGGAGGCGCUGGUGGAUGGCGGUGACAGCGGUGAUUGAAAACCUGCUGUGUUCGGCUGUGCUGCUGGGAUGGGGCUCCUUGCUCAUCAUGUUAAAGAGGGAAGGCUUCUACUCUCACCUGUGCUCAGAAAAUGACACAGUGCACACGUCUUUGGGUAACUCCUCUGGCCAGAAGGUUGAGGAGUGGGUCAGCUGUGUGGACCAGGAAGAGAUGCUAAAUCUGGGCUUCACCAUCGGUUCCUUCUUGCUUAGUGCCACCACCCUCCCGCUUGGUAUCCUGAUGGAUAAGUUUGGACCACGUCCCAUUCGACUGGUUGGAAGCUCAUGCUUUGGUCUGUCCUGUAUUAUGAUGGCCACCUCUGCCUACAAGACCGACGUCCUCUCAGCGCUCAUCUUCCUGGCUCUUUCUCUGAAUGGCUUCGGAGGCAUCUGCCUGACCUUCACCUCCAUCACGGACGCAGGCGUGUCGUUCACGGUGAUCAUGUGGACGUGGGCGGGUCUUGCCACAUGUGUCUUCAUAAAUUGUUUUGUAAACUGGCCCAAAGAAGGUUUUCCAACACCUGAAGAGGUGGACUACAGUAAGAUCCUCCAUGUUCAAGAGCCACCUUCAUCUGAGCAGAAGGUUGUUGGUGAGAGACUGAGCCACCAAAACGGAGACAUCCGACGCUCCACAGAGAAGCUUGCUAAUGGACAUGAGGUUGCACCCAAUGCGGUUCCUUUCCGUCGGUCUGUGUUUUCUCCCAUCUUCCUCUGGAGUCUGGUUACCAUGGGGAUGUCCCAGUUGAGAAUCAUCUUUUAUAUGGGGGCAAUGAACAAGAUGCUGGAGUUCCUGAUCACCCAUGGAGAAGAGCACCCGUCUGGCAAGCUAGCCAAGGAGGCAGAAGACAAUGUGGGUUUCUACUCGUCCACCUUUGGCAUGCUACAGCUGUUGUGUCUGGCCACAUGUCCUCUGAUUGGCUACAUCAUGGACUGGAAGAUGAAGGAGUGUGAAGAGGAUCAGACAGUCCCCUCAGGCAGACAAGAGAGGCUCACCAGUGGACCCAAAAGAGACCGUAAGAUUCAGAAGGUGACAAAUGCUACCCGUCCAACCACUUUGGCACGCUGACAGGCCUCCAGUCCAUGAUCAGCGCUGUGAUCGCCCUGCUGCAGCAGCCACUCUUCAUCGCCAUGGUUGGACCAUUGAAAGGAGACCCCUACUAU